AUGUCCCAAAAAAGGAAGUAUGAUGAAAAUUAUGUAAAAUAUGGAUUCUGCUGCAUGAAGGAAUCGGACGGUGUUGAAAAGCCACAAUGCUUUCUGUGUGGAAAAGUUUUGGCAAACGCCAGUAUGAAACCGGCAAAAUUGAUAGAGCAUCUCAAAUCUCUUCAUCCUGAAAAUGCAUCUAAAGAUCUAGAAUUUUUUACAAAGAAGAAAGCCCAGUUUUCGAAAUCUGGAACAUUAACCAAACUUGGAUUUGGUAUUUCACAAAAACCUUUGGUUGAGGCAUCUUUCAGAGUUGCAUAUCGUAUUGCCAAAAGUAAGAAACCGCAUACUAUUGGAGAGACAUUAAUUAAGCCAUGUGCGCUGGAAAUGGUUGAAUUAGUUUUGUGGACUGGAACAGAGAAAAAAAACUUGAGGCUAUUCCAUUGUCCAAGGAUGUGA